UUGCGAGUGGUGAAACACGAUCUAUAAAAAAGUGAGCUUAAUAACAGUUAAUUACCUUUUAACUCCCUGAUCAUGACCCUUCGGUUACCGUUUAUGGCCAAAACAGCAAACAUACACUAGACACUGGUAGCAGAUUUCCGGCUUUUCAAUGUUAAGCUUGCUUUAACGCACUGAGUAGUGAGUACAACCCCUCUAUUACUGUUAUAUGGCAUAUUUUUUCAUAACAAACCCUCUGCAAUAGAUUGGUAGCAUCUGUGACUUCAUCUAUAGUUGUCGGAAGUCUGGGUCCUUUCGAAAUCAGUACCGAUAUACCCUACUGCUGGGCACUCUGUAUUAGUUUGACUCGUUGGUGGAAGUGUUGUCCAUAAUACUGAAGAAAAUUAAAAAACGCAGAUUGUUUCCUUUCAUUUUGCCGAUAACAUCAUAAAGGAUAGUUAGGAACGAACAUGCGAACAGUUAGAGUCACAGGCGGCAGCAACAAUUAUUUUAGCUAAAUAAAAACGAACUUCGACUUCGGAUAUCUAGAAAACAAGAUAAAACAUAACCGAUUGUCGUUUGAAAACGUAAGGUCUUAUGUUAGUACUAGCCAGCUUAGCUGAAUAAAUACAGUGACUUCAUUAGCAGCAGAUAAAACCCAGAAAACAAAGCAAAAUCAGGAAAAACUUUGCUCCAACGUUCAGAGUAUUACACUAACUUUUGAAUUUUAGCACACUGAAACAUCAAAUUCCGUAGCUACACAAAAGAAAUAGCUGAAAGAAGCACAGAACGAAGAAAGCCGACCGCCAUUGCUUACGAAGAUGGCGGAUGUAAUAAUUCCCGCCUCAUUCUGAUUGGUUGCUAAGCUGGAGGGCACAUUUACGAAAUUGAGUUGCGUUUAAUUGCAGCCAUAAGGUUAGGAGUCGCAAUCGGCCUUGAAAGUUUUACUUAAUAUUCGAACAAAUGACUUGUUUCGUUACCAUAUUUUGAAUGAGUGUCGAACGUAGUGUCCUGAAGAAGCGUCUAGAGCGCAGGCUUGACCGUUUAACUAGAAGCUGUCAACAUGCAACUCAGGAGCUAUCAUUUCUUCUUAGAGAUUUCACAAAGUAUAUUGAGCGGCAUAUUGAUAAUUCCCCAUCGGAUUUUUCUACUAGUGAUAGGAUGUCGAAUAUGGUCUUAGUAUCCGAAAUAAUAAUUGAAGAUCUUUUUGAUCUAUUGUCUAAUUAUCACCAUGCAUCAGAGAACAUCCUGAAGACGUGCACGCAAGCGCACCAACCAAUUGAUUCUUCAGAUAUCAGCUCACUGUGUAAUUAUGACCUCACCAAAGAUUCUGUUGGAAAGUGCUUGGAUCAACCGCUUGACGAAAAAUACUCCAUAGAACAUUUAUAUAGCCGUACGCGACUCCUUUACAUGCUAGAAACAAGCUUUGGAUUGCAGGAAGCCGGUCUUAUAUCUCAAAUUUCGUAUGUGAAAGGGAUAUGUACAACAAGAGGAGAAAUAUCACCAGAUAUCAACGAAGAAUAUUUAAGGGAGCUAGAAGUAGAAUGUACCAAAUUAGCCUCAGAAUUAGCUACUUUAAAUCAGCUGGAGGUUAUUCAAGUUCAAUCAAGAAAUAAAUUGGUUGAAAAGCAGAACCAAUUAAAACAUAUGAAUGAUGUUGAAGGGAUUCUUCGUCAAGAAAAUUCAUGGUUAAGAUUUUUGACAAAUAUAGUUGAUUUAGAACAUGAUUCUUGUAAACAAGCCUUAAAAGAAUUGAUUUCUAUUUCCCAAUCACUUCAUACUCUCAAGGAUUAUAGUGUUCAGCUUCUUGAGAAAUCAGCAAGCUUAUAUCAAUCAGACGAUCUGAUAGAAUGUGAUGAAUCAGUUAGGAAUGAUGUCUCAAAACAUUUCGAAGAUGCUGUUAUUCAUCUGCUACUAAAUAACUAUUGCGUGGUGUAAUUAGCCUGUCAAAAUUAUUUUAUGAUUGCAAAUACGUAUUUGAACACGCGUCAUUUAUGGAAACAUGCCGACGAGUUAGCAGUUAUUCAAUGUCUAAUUAGCCUCUCCAUUGCCACCUGAGCUUUCCGAAAAGCUUAAAACGACCGAAAAUCGUUCAGAAACCAUCCUUGAUAUUCUACGUUCUCUAAAAUCUAGGCUGGUAUCAUCCCAAGAUUCCAUUAAGAUUGAAUCAGAGCAACUGGAUAAAUAUAUACAGCAAAUUCGUAAACAAUUACUUGGUUUGAAAGAAACAUUCGACCUUCCGGAUUCACUUAUUUCAUGCGAUACACCUUCUCAUCUUGAACAACUGAAUCCCGAUCGUAUUCGUUUUUCUUGGAGAGGUCUUUGUUCUACAGAACUUACAGAUUUAUUUGUUAAUACUUGUAAAGAUAUAAAUGGUUUAGUUGAACAAUUGGAUCGCCUGGAACUCGAAGCAGAUAUUACUUUUCCUCAUAUAUAGUUGUCUUAUGUAUAGAUUUACUUGUGUACGAAAUAAAACAAGCUUUUUCAUCCCA